ACCGGAAGCGCUGCAGAGCUUCCGGCAAAGAAACGAUGUCGUCUAGCCGACCUCGAUCAAGGAUUCCUCAAAUUUUGUACGACGAAUAACGAAAAGCAUGGCAUCUCGAGGUGGCACUCACGUUAGCGGCACUGAUGGCAGCGAUUUCAACCAUCGACAAAAAGUGGCAUCGCACUACCAGAUCAGUGCCAUUUACAAGACAAGGCUAAAGACUGCAAUGCUGCUGCACUUCUUCCUGUUUCUGGCCAUGUGCGCCAAGCUAGCUGAGGACGUGCUUGAUCGGCUGGACGUCUUCAUCCUUGAGCUGGAGGAGCUGUACAUACCGAAACCUCUGCUUUGGGAGUGGGUCUGGCUGGCCAGCCUGGCGUUCACAGUGCCGGGCCUCACAGCUAUACGCCGCAACCGUGCCAGCAACAUGAAGGUGUACGUUGCCGGCACGUUCCUCCUGGGGCUGUGUCCCGUGAUCGGAGCUGCGGCCUACUUCUUCCGCGACAUGUAUGGCUUUGUGCAGCAUGGUCAUGCCGUCGAAGGUGUUGAGUUGUGGCAGGGUUACCCCGUGGCAGUCCUCUGGUAUGCCUUCCUCACCGUGGCCUUCCAGGCCCACAUGUUCUCACUCUACUUUGGCGUAAGGCUCAUUCUGGCUUGGCAACGUGGAACAGUCGUCAAGAAAGCCAAGUAACCAUGCUACGUGCCCACGUUGCUCCGCAGGUGCACACUCAUUGCAGCGUCCUGUAUGGCUGACCUUGUGCAGCAGUCUUCCUUCUUUCCUUCUGUCCAUACACGUGUGGAGUGUGCUGGAUCAGUGUCACAGUUGUCGGUUGCUGACCAAGUGCGAACUGCAGUGAGCCAGCCACCUCAUCACCCAGUGCAAACCCUUCUACCCAACUCAGGAGCCUUUAAACACACUGUCAACUACUGCCAUUUCUAUUGAGCCCGUUGUCUGUAGUUCCAGCAUGGCCUUUUUCUUUGUCCAAAAUCAUGCUGUCAGAAUAAAGUGUUGCAGUGCUUGC